CCACUGCCCUGUGCACCCACCUGCCUCGCUCCCGUCAACCUCACUGUUGGCUCUCUGCAGUAUUUCUGGACGGAAUCGCACCUGAGGAGGAAUAAUGGGGAGCCACUGCUCCAGCCUGGAUGAUAUCAUGGAGGAGGACAUGCACCACUGGUACACUAAAUUCAUGAGGGAGUCUCCUUCAGGGCUCAUCACGCUCUUUGAGCUCAAGACUAUGCUUGAAAUGAACGGUAUGACAGAUGAGGCCAGCAGCUACGUGGACCAGGUCUUCUUCACCUUUGACAUGGACGGGGACGGCUAUAUAGACUUUGUCGAAUACAUCGCAGCUAUCAGUUUACUACUGAAAGGAGAAAUCAACCAGAAACUAAAGUGGUACUUUAAGCUCUUCGAUCAAGAUGGAAAUGGGAAAAUCGACAAAGAGGAACUUGAGACUAUAUUUAAGGCUAUUCAAGAUAUCACCAGAAUUUACGACAUACCCCCGGAAGAGAUUGUGACUCUCAUAUAUGAGAAGAUUGAUGUGCACGGAGAAGGUGAGCUGACGCUGGAGGAGUUUAUCAGUGGAUCUCAAGAGCAUCCCGACAUCAUGGACAUGCUCACCAAGAUGAUGGAUCUUACCCACGUCCUGGAAAUCAUUAUCAAAGGUCUACAGAAGAAACCUGUGGAAUGAAUCAGUGAUCAACAAGCUGGACUAUGUGGAGAGUCGGUAUCAUUUUUGUGUGGAUUUUCAGAAAGCAGCGGUGUUGAGGAAAGAAAGAGUGACUGAUGAAGAGCAAAGUCCCAUCUCGCACCACACAGAAUGAACUGAAUGAACUGACUGAGCUGUCCCAUACAGAUGUGAUCUGUGGGUGUGUGUGUGUGUGUGUGUGUCACCCGAGGGAAGAGGAGAACGUGUCCUCCUCCCUCUGCUUGCGCUCUCACAUGUGUCACUCCUGUUUUGUUAAAGCUUACAACAUUUGAACAGGUGAUGAGUUUGGAGAAUCUCAGUGAACGGAGGCCGUCUGACUUUCAGGCACAAUGUGAAAAGCAGAGUUGGUUUCUUACUAAGAGUUAUAAUGCAUAAAUUGUUCUUAUAAUUAAUUCAUAAUUUGGAAUCUGACUAACAUUUAAAUUGCUGUCAGUUAAAGUGCAAAACUCUUUCUUACAGAACCUCAUUACUGAAAGCACUAUGGCCACUUCCUGUGCCAUCUGUGCCCUAAUUACAGUAUUUGGGUGUUAGUCUGUUGAAAGAAUUUGCCUAAAACAGUGACUGUAAGUAUUUUGAUUACAUGUACAUUUUCCACCUGAGGCCAUGUACACAAGUUCAUAGGUGUUUUUUAAAACAAAGCUUUUUCUACGCGUUUUGGCCUUAUGUGCACACGUGAACGUCAUUUCAGGUAACUGAAAAUUGAGUUUCUGGAAAACACCUGCCUGGGUGCACAUGUUCAGAAACACCAUUUUCAGUGUUUAUGAGAAGACAGAAUUUUUUUCUUGAUUGGCCAGCGCAGCCGUAUGGCAGAGGUUAUAUCGCCACCUGUUGCUCUGGCGUGUGCUUGACAGCCUGCAUUUGAAUUUUCAGACUUUUUCCAGAGACGGAAAAAAAAUGCAUUUUUAAAAAUACCUGUGUACGUAUGGACUAGGUCUAAGUCAAUUACAUAAGUUCAACGUAAAGAGUUACAUUCAAUGUUUUUUUUUCUAUCAAGUUGAGUCACUGUGUAUACAUUUAAUAAC